CGAGUGUCCCAGUUGUUUCCAAACUCUUCUUUCAUAAAGUAAGCCAUUCUGAGAAGGAAAUGACUAACAGAGCUGUGACCUCUGGGUAGAUCAUUUAGAAGACUCGCAAAAAUACUUGAAAGGACACAAGACGGGAUUUCCAUCUUUCUCAGUCCAUGUCUCCACGUUUGGGCUGGACACAGUCCAAGAUGGCGCUGGGUAAAGAAGACACACUGUCAGACACACAUACUUUAAAGGUCAUCAGACCAUCUAACUCAGCGUGCCCUUUGCACGUGUUGACGGCAUAUUGGACGACACCCCCAUUGUGGCCACGCCGUUUACUCUGUGAGAAUAAAUCAUUCUCUUUCAGUCUUAGCCGGGGAUGCUGGGUCACACUCUCAGUCACUGCCCUGACCUAUUUCGCCAUCAUGGACGUGUUCUUGUUUGCGCGGUACCGAGUGACGGACUUGGCCCAAGACUCCAAGGCUGGCCACCCGGGCGAAAAGUACAGCCCUUUCACUCAUCUGUCGGUCAAGGCCGUUCUGAGCGAUCACGUCAGGCACUACGUCAUGACGCCCUCGGCUGAGUACUUCAACGCGCUGACCGGAUUCUCUUCCGUCUUCACGAUGGUGACCCCAAACGUCAUUUCCUUCGUCCACUUGGUGUGUGCCUUUAUCGCGGGCAAGUUCAUCUCCUCUGACAAACUCCACGACCGACAGCUCGGUGUUCUAAUCUACUUCUUUCGGACGUGGCUGGACUCCUUCGACGGGACGGUGUUCCGGUCAAGGGAGGGCGUCCACCUGCAGUACAACUCCGUGUAUUCCUCCAUGGGCUACGUCAUCGACGGACUCUUCGAUACGCUGGGCGGCUGCUUCUUGACCGCUGGGAUUAUCUUCUACCUGUAUAAGACAUGCUCGCCGAACAAAUACACGUCCACGCUGCCAGUAUACUGUCACGAGAAAGCAGCAUGCGAUGGGAUGACCAGCGGCCACACGGUGGUCAGCAAAUUAGACUGUUCGAGCUACAGGCAUCUGAUAGUUCAAAUCUUUGGUCUUGGUUUGUGUCUGGCUGUGACCGGAAUCUGUUGGGACAGAGCUGUAAAAGACUUUACUGAAGUGUUUCAGACUGAGCUCACGAGUAAAGAACUCUCGAGUCUUCAGUUUGAACUGAGUCACGAGCCUAGUACGUUGGUCAUCUUCUUCUUCUGGAGAUUUCUAAGUGGACAAACAGUUAUAACGUACACUCAGGUAGCCAUUUAUAUGGACAAAGUCUUGGAGUUUCUUCAUUACAUACCUUGGGUGAUAUUAACAGUCACAGUACCGCUAUACGUCAUCACGGUCAUCCAUGUCCAACAGAUUAAAGAUCAACUUCUGUUAUGACAUUUCUAAGAUGACAUUUCAUUAAGUUGACAUUUACGACAACCAGCUGAGAACAAAUAAAUAAAAAAAUCCCUGGAGUGGGUGUAUACUGCAAAAUAAAUAAAUAGAUCAAUCAGCAUUAACCUUUGUCUCCCAGGCUAUGAGCGACUUCCAAGCAAGCCGAGAAGGCAAUCAACCUGUAACUUGAGAAUGCGUGUUUGAUUGACCCUUCUGUAUCUUCAUCCAAUCUUGUAACGCUAGUUAUGGAUUUAGCAUUUUUAAUCUUCAGCAAACAGCCAAGUCAUGUGAUAUCUUUGCUAACACCUUCUUUUUAUGUUCAAUGUUUUAAGAUUGUAUUGAUCUAUUUCAACAACUAUUUUUAGUACUGUUGCUAUUGCAACGAAAAAUGUCUAUCUUAAAGAUCUUAACAUUCUAAUGUGUUUUUUUGUCUUGAAGCUUUGUAAUUUGGUUUGUUUCGUUAAGUCAAUAGAUAUCAAAGGUAGCCCAUCUCAUUUUUUAAAAUUUCAUUGGUCACAAUACUAACAAGAUGAGUGCUGGGUAUUUCAUGCCAAUUACCGUUACGCCAAUUCAGAGGCGUAGUGAGGGGGCGGGCGCAUGAUGGCCUGGGCGCCACGCAGCUUAUAUUUCUAUGUGAUGUUUAUAAAAAAUGGGGGGGGGGUCCCAAAAAAAAGUACAUUUUCCGGGCGCACGUUUUGCUCAGGACGCCUCUGCCGUCAAGUUGGCGUAGACAUGCAAUUAAUGUCUAUGCAAAUCAAUUCUAGCAAUCACGUAAGUCCAGCACAGAGAACAUAUGGAGCAGAAGCCUGCCUUUUCCGUCUGUUUUAGGUCAUAUUAUUUUCGCGGUCUGUACUAGAGGUCUACAGUUGUCCAUUUCGGAAGACAAUUGUUGCUAUGUGUCUUGAAUCACAUUAGACUGUAUAUUCUCAGCAGUGGCAUGGGCGGAGCCAUGGGCAAGUGUACACGUUGUAUUAGGGCCAAGAAUAUUUGUACGAUGGGCUGACGGUGACAAAAGAUUUUCUUAGUCGCGCCCCCCCCCCUGAUACACGGGGCCUGGGACGGUUCCUCACUCGCCAGCCGCCUCUGAUAUUCUAUCAACUCAUAUUUGAAAUUAGUCAGAGACUAAUUCUCUUGAUAAAGAUGCGUCCUUUGAUACUGUUCUGUCCAGAUUUAGCAAUCUACAAUAUCAAAAGUCUGUCAUUUUGCAUUUUGUGAGAUUAGUUAAUUCAUUCUUAUAACGCUUAUAUCGACUAACUCUGUCUGUCUAUCUAGUCUGUCUGGUAAAAGGUUUGAAAAAGGUUUAAAUAUGAUAUUCUGCCACUUCCCAUUCUCGGAUCAAGUUGAAACUUUGCUAAAUUAUUCAUGAAUGGAAACAUGAAUCAAUCAAAAUAUUAAACAAUUAGACAACUGCUUAUUGGUAAUUGAUUACUUUGCUUUAUAUCGAAAUAAGUCUAAUAGUCUAAUGUAUUGUACUUAGUGAGAGAUGUGGACGUAGGCCUAUAUAAUAUACAUAUUUAUUCUCUUUAAUAAGUUUUACAAAGUACAUUUUCCCACUUCGUAUAAUUAUUCACAGUCGAUGACUAAGACAUGAAUCAAUCAAAAAAAUUAGCCAAUUAGUUAAUCGAUUAGUAGUAAUUAAUUAAUUUUGUAUAAGAAAAAAAAAGGGGGACUGAACCCUGCCAUUUUGAGUUAAAUGGCAUUAACAAGUGAUUUCCAUACGUUCAUAGCUUUUUUUAAUUAUUUGUUUUAGUAUUCUCUUUUUUUUAAAAUUAUAACAACUUCUCUUUAAUUGUUUAUUAUCACUCAGUUUAGUUGAAAGGAGGCUGUGGCGUGGCGUUCAAGCCUCUUGUAUGUUGUAGGGCGACGUUUUCCGCAAAGUUGAGAUCUGUAACAAAUCUAGUUUUAGUUUAAGGCUGCAGUCGCCUUGGUCAGAUAAAUCGCCAACAUUUAGAUUUUUGGCUGAUUCUUUUAAACCAAAAAAAGAAAAUGAAGAAAAAAAAAAAGAUUGGUCUUGGGAAGAACUAUAAUCUAUAAUUUCCUUUUCUUUUCUAUUUUUUUUAAAGAUUGCAAAUCGUGUUGGAAUAUUCCAGUAUAACCAAAUAAAAUCGAUCAGCAAUUUAUUUUUCUUUUUGGAUUGAAAAAUUAAAUUUUUUUUUUUCAAAUUAUUUAUAAUUACGUUCAAUGCAAUUAUUUUAAUUUAUUCAUGGAAAUGGACAAACAUGGUCACUCUGACCUGUUUGCUCACAGCGCCAAUUAAUGUAGUUUGUUGUUGAUUUUUCUAAGGUGAUUAGGUACAGAGUGAUUGGAGUUACAUGUCCUUCUUCCCACUCUGCCACUGGAAGCUCAAGUAUUCUUGGCUCUAAACCAGAUAAUGAUUUUGAUGACAAAGUUAUUAAAUUUUCGAUUUUGUGUUUGAGUGCGAAUCAAUAAAAGUAAGAGUUGGCAGACGGCGUCCUAAGUAGGCAAAUUAAUAUGGAUGAUUUUUUUUUAAAAAUUAUUAUGACCUUCCCAUGUCCCUUAGUCUUUUGGACCGAUGGGGUACCACUGUUGACCAUCUUUCUUUUUGUCUUUUGACAGGAUUAGAGUCUCUUUUAUUGACCUGCUUGGGCCUAUCCGUUCCUUGAGGAUUUCUUCCAAUGGCUUUUUAAAUCUGCCUCUCCAUUUCUGUAGCACUUUUACACACGGAAAGGUCUUUACGAGACCUGUGGAUCUUAUGGCUGAUAGGGCUGUACAGAAUUAGUUUGCGGGUUUUUUUUUGCAAUGGUCAGAAUGUCAUCGCGGGGCCAGAUUGAGUUUCGGAUUUCCUCAUUUGUGGUGCGGUAUUUGUAUGUGAUUCCAAAGAGUCUUCUAUAGCAUCUUAACUCUUUCUCUCCGUAAUUAUUUACCACAUUCUGGAGGAAUCAACGUUGGUAUCGUCAGUUAGGAGAGAAAGAGUUAAUUCCAUUGCUAGGAUCCUCUUCUCUAGUUUUUCAGUUAGCGUCCAAGAUUCGCAAGGAUAAUGUGGCCAUGACCAAAGGAGCGCAUCAAUUUGAUUUUUGUACCACAUUUAUUACAGCCAUUAGGCAAUGUAGAACCAAACUGAAUCGUUUUGCUUCAGUAUCUUUUGUUUAAGUCUUUGUAAAACUUAGGACUAUUUUGUUUUGCGUAGUGAUCGAUCGAUUCAUUUUUUUUUCACUUACUUUGUGUCUUGAUAAUUAUUAUAAGUGCAUUUAUCUGUAUUAAUUUAUUGGUACUGUAUGUAAAUGGUCUUGGAACCUCAAGUAUUGUGUGGCUUGAUUUUAACUGAUUAAAAAUGCUUAUUAAACAUGAGAGAGAAAACGAGAAAAAAAGAGCGGAAGAAUAGAGAGAAUUUAUAACAAUUUAUUUAUUUAUAUGUGUGUGUAUACAUUAUCAUAGUUAUUGUAGAACGCGUUGUGUAAGAGUGCCUGUCACUUUCUCGCCUUGCUAACACUUCAAAUAUUUGCCCCAACUCCAACAUGGUGUGUUUACAAAUUUGUAUGUUUACAUAUACUACAUAUCAAAUUGUGACUCGUGUAGUUUAAUAAAAUAUAUACUUUCAGAAGUGAGUCUGGUACGAGGGCGUUAGAAUCAGCGUUGAUUUUGUUAAAAUAUUUUGUUACUUAAAACAAACUUUCAUUUUUUAAGCAACAUCAUUUUUUAAAGUUUAAGAAUUUCAGAAUCAAUCAUAAAAACGACUUCGAUUCCUUAAGAUUAAAGAAAACUGCUUUCACGGGGCUACGAGACCCAGCUGAUGUUUACAUGUUCUCUACACAUUCAGAACCACAGUUUGCCAAGUGCAUAUUUAUCUGAAUGGCCAUCUUUCUUUCUGGCUUGAAACAGUGUAGUGGUCAGAUUACAAACUUC